CUAGUGGUAAAUGGACAAAAGUUCAAUCGGUACAAUAUCUUAGAAAACUCGUGGCAACAUUUCCAAUUUUUUGCUUACAAAAAUGUUGAAGAAGAAACAAAGCUAUGCCAGCAAAUUCUUCAAAUCUUGCAUGCACGCCAUCUGUUCGACUAAAGUCCUUCUCUGUCCUCUACAUAAACUCUUUCAAAUCCCCUGCAAUUUUCCAACACCAUUUGAGAAGCAGAGAAAAAAAAAACAAUUUUUUUUUUGUUAAGUGAUAAUCAUGGAAAGUUACAGAAAGUUUCUUUUGAUCUUAUUGCUACUAGUAGUGGUUUCUGUUGGUACUUCUUAUGAAGUGGGAGAAGAGGAAAAAUGGGGAGAAGGGUUGUUUUUGUUGCAUGAUUCAAAGGAGAUAGUGAGGACUGAUGCUGGAGUAAUGAGAGUUGUGAGUAAGGGUGGAUUUAGUGGUGGUGAGGUUUCUAUAUUUCAGAGUCUAAUGCAUAUUGGUUUUAUCACCAUGGAACCUAAUACUCUUUUCAUCCCUCAGUAUCUGAAUGCUCAUCUUACACUCUUUGUUCGUAGAGGGGAAACAAGAAUUGGGCAUAUCUACAAGGAUGACUUUACUGAAAGGCGAUUGAAGGAAGGAGAUGUAUACAGCAUUCGUGCAGGAUCUGCUUUUUAUCUGGUUAAUCCAGCUGAAGGGCAAAGACUUCAUAUCAUUUGCAGCAUUAGCAACUCCAACACCUUAGGAUUGUAUGGUUUUCAGUCUUUCUUCAUUGGUGGUGGAAUCUAUCCAACAUCUAUUCUUAGUGGAUUUGACACUCUUACAUUAUCAACAGCAUUCAAUGUAUCAUCUGAAGAAGUGAGUGAGAUCUUGACAAGACAACUUUCUGGUGCAAUUGUACCUCUGAACACUACUCAGUCUCCUACACCAAGCAUAUGGGCCAAUUUCUUGAAUCUUGAGCAGCACCAGAGACAUGAUCACCUAAAGAGAGUAGUGCAUUUGGAGGAAGAAGCCAGUUUUGAAGAAGAAGAUGAGGAAAGGGAGCAACAGCCAACAUGGUCUUUGAGGAAGUUUAUGAAUAAUCUUUUUGGUCAUGAAGGAAAUAAAAGAAAGAAAGGCGAUGAAGGACGUAGAGGCAGUGGGAAAGGUCCAGAUUCCUACAACCUGUUUGAUAGGAAGCCAGAUUACAAGAAUGAUUAUGGAUGGAGCUUGGCCUUGGAUCAAUCUGAGUAUUCUCCAUUGAAACACUCUGACAUCGGCGUCUACCUCGUCAAUCUUUCAGCGGGAGCUAUGAUGGCACCACACAUUAAUCCAACAGCAACAGAGUAUGGGAUAGUGUUGAGAGGAAGUGGCAGCAUCCAAAUCGUGUAUCCAAACGGGACAAUAGCAAUGAAUGCUGUAGUAAACGAAGGAGAUGUAUUCUGGGUGCCAAGGUACUUCCCCUUCUGUCAAAUUGCAUCAAGAACAGGACCGUUCGAGUUCUUUGGAUUCACGACCACAGCAAGGAAGAACAUGCCACAGUUCUUGGUGGGUCAGAAUUCGAUACUUCAGAGCAUGAGAGGACCUGAAUUUGCAGCUGCAUUUGGUGUUAGUGAAGAGAGGUUAAGGAAGAUUUUGGAUGCUCAGCGUGAGGCGGUAAUUUUUCCGUCGGCGUCGGUUGCUCCCUCGGAGCCUAUGGAUCCGAAGGGGGAGGAGGAAGAGGGAGAAAGAGGAGAGAAGGGAAAAGAGAAGAAGAAGAUGAAGGAUGUGAUGAAGAUACCAGAAGUGAUUAAGAGCUUAGGCAAUGACAUGAUGAUGGGAUUUGCUUAGAUUUAUUUUGAAGCUUUUUGUUCAUUUUGUAUGAGUUACUGCUUCCUUGCUGUCUUUUUGUGAAUAAGAACAAAUUAGUUUUUCUCCUUUUGUCUCUGUUUAUUUGUCCUCUUGAUAAUUUCUAUUUAUGA